AUGAUAGAAAAAGAGUUAAAUCAGCUGAAUAAGCUUGACUUUAAUUCUGUAGAUGAAAAAGACAUAGCGAAGAUUGCAGAGAACUUGAAGGACUAUUUUAAAAAUGGAAAUAAAGGUAAGAGAUGUUUUAAAAGCUAUAUUUGGUGUUUAGAAGUGCUAGAAAGUCUACCCGAAGAACACGUUAAAUUGUUUGGAAGUUUAAUAUUAAAAUCAGUGGCAUCAGGCGUUGUUCCAGAUCAAUUUGAACAGAACUUAUCAAAGUUUUCUAAACUUGAACCGUUGAUUGGAGUUUAUAAGGUAAAUAUAUUCUACUGUUUGUUCUUUAGGUUUUACAUGUUUUACAGACAUUUGAAUUCAAACCUAAAUUAUUUUAGGACCUUUUCAAAGAUCUUCAAGAUGGUUUACAAACGAUCAGCUGGAAAUACCCGAUGUUUGUUGAUGUUGAUUGGAGUAUCAGUGGAGUGAUGGAAGUAAGUUUAAUCUUUUUAUAUUUGUUAUGUUUUUAGACUGAUACAGCAACUGGAGUAAAGGAGCCAUUAGUUAAAAUGGAAUUCUCGUCGAUACCUACAGGGCAAACUGAUGUGGAAAAGUUCGAGUUUUUCUGCACGAAACGUCAAGUUCAGGUAGGUUUGCUUGUUUUUAUUAGUAACAUAAGAUAUUUCUCUAACUUUUAUUAGCUUUUUUGUGAAAAAAUAAUGCGGAUCUUAAUUUAAAACGGCAUUUUAUAUUAGAAUCUAUCAAAAAUAAGCCAAGUUUGGGGUUGCUGAAGUUUUUUAUUAUAGGACAUGCAAUGGAAAGUGAAAGAAGCAUAUAAUUUAUUACAAAAGAUGUCUCAACAAUAA